AUGAUCAGCUGGGCGCUGAAGCGCAACGCCGACAACACGCGCGACGCGACAGCAUCUGGUGAUGACACUACCCAGAUUGAUGUACCAGACACUCCAGCGCCGGUAUUCGCCGUUCGCGCCCUAAAGACGGUCCUCUUUGGUACACCGGCACCCCGAGACCGUCGGCCUCUAUCCAGGAAUGCGAAAGACAAACCAUCAUCGCCACAGAAGCCAGGCGAGCCGUCAGCGCUGGCGGAUAAGUCACCAGCCAAACCGCCUGGCAUUCUUCUGACGCCAGGGACAGGCACCACGCGUCGGAAGCGCGUCUCGUUUGGCCACGAUGUGAAACAAGGGUCGGGAGGAACGGCCAGGACCAGUACCACCGGAUUACCCGACGAUUGUCCCGGGAAAUUCCCUAGUCCGUGGGUUGACCGGAGUACUGAUGGGGGCACCCCGCGGCCGAAGACCAGGCUUCAACGGACGAUGGAAAACUCGAGGAAGAAUAAUGGUGCCAAGGGCAACAUAACAGAUGAAAAGGAUGUUGACCCCGAGCCGAGAGAGCCGGAGGAUGCUUGGGAGGAGGUGGAAGACGACUACGAAGAAUCUGAUUUUGAGGCCGACGUCACCACGGACCUCAAUGAACCACACUCACGCUCCGGUAAAUACUGGAAAUCUUACUUCGAGACCUACCACAACGACGCGAAGACAGAGAUGGAGAAGCUGGUCAAGUACAAGCAUCUUGCCAAGUCUUAUGCGAAAAUGAAAGACGCUGAGGCACUCGAGCUUAAUCAGAAACUCAAGGAGGAACAAGAAAAGGUCAAGGGGAUGGAGGAAAGGGUGGCGGAGAUGGCUCGGGAAGUUGCCGUAUCUGCCUUGAAGAAAGGGGGUGAAGGCGAUCCCGUCCUGAUGGAGGAACUUAGGAAGCAAACGGCUCUCGCAGUAGAGUACAAGACGCAAGUGGAGGAGUUAGAGAUACUAGUUCAGGACACUAUCGAAGGGGACGGGGAUGGGCUGCGACGGCAGCGACGGAACGCAUCACCCCGGACACAACGAACUCUGAUGGAAGCUCAGCGGGAGCUCCGGCGGGCGAGGUCUCAGGUUCGGGAACUGGAUAACUUGCGGGAGGAUCGAGACCGGCUAAGAUCCGAAUUGAGGGCCGCCGAACUACGCGCUAACAAGUUGGCCGAGGAGAAUCGCAAGCUCACAAACGACCUUUCCAAAAGCACAUUGAGGGUGCAGGACCUAGAAAAGAGUCUAGAGGACUCUAAAGGCUCCUACGAAAAGUUAAAAGAUGACGCCAAAUCACGAUACGUUGAGGCCCAGCAGGUACUACAGAAGAGGAACACGAAGAUUUUGGAGUUGCAGGAAGAGAUCGAGUCGCUUAGGAAACCUGGGGAAGGCCCAAAACGAACCGUCCGGUCAACCAGAGCGAAGAGCUUUGAUGAUAAAGUCAUGGAGCUCAAGCCCUCAGAGUCGGUCGAGAGCGAGAGCGCAAAGCUACGAAGGGAUCUUGACGAGAUGAACCAAAGGGGGGGUCAGAAAGGGACAACGGCCUUAUCCACGGCCGCAGAGAUGAGACAGCAGCGAAGAAAACAGAGUAGGGAAGACCUCAAGCGGUUAUCUCACGACGAUGCGACACUGGCGCAAGCCCGGGCUCUUAGGGAAAAGCUCGAAGCCGAGUUUGGCACAAAGGGGUUACCGGUUACAUCUGUUUUGGGCGACCGCGGGAACCUGCAAGACAACCACAGCUCUGCAUUCAACGGCCGUUCCGCGCAUGCUCCGGAGGACCGGCUCCCUAAAACCCGGGCCGGCCGUGCCGCACGACCAGCCCGAGUCUCAGAAGUGGCUACAGCAUCAACCGACAAAACAGCCCCAGACGUCGGUACCACUGAACCCCGCGAACACAAACGCGGCAGCAAGACCGCGUUGCUCGGGCAACCACGCAAGGUAUCGAUCCGUGCCGUAUCACAAGAGGACGACGCGGUGCCUGACGCUGCCGACACCAAUACCGUCGGCCAGGACAGUACUGUUUGGAGCACGAUGAACCCCUCACGGACGACGCUGCCAGAACACCGGAAGGCGGCCGCGCUGGCGAGGAUUCAGCGGCGGAUCGCGGAGAGGAAGAUGCUGCAGCAGGCCGGGCGGGAUAAGGAGAAUGCUCGGCCUGAAAAACCACUCCCCUCAACACUCACCUCCCCCACACAUUUCCUCCUCCUCCUCUCCGACUCCGCCCUCCCCCUCGGCAGCUUUGCUUUCUCCUCCGGCCUCGAAAGCUAUCUUGCCCACCAGAAAUCCGUCUUCCGCCGACCAGCCUCCUUCGCGCCCUCCUUCCUCCCACUCUCCAUCUCCUCCUAUGCCUCGGCCACGCUCCCUUUUGUCUUGGCCGCGCAUCGUGACCCGUCGUUUGCGUCUUUAGCAGCCCUGGAUGAUGCGCUAGAUGCGGCUGUGGUGUGUAAUGUGGGCAAGAGAGCGUCGGUUGCGCAGGGGCGGGCGUUGUUGGGGAUUUGGGAGAGGUCAUUUGUGGGGGCGUUGGGGAAAGGGGGAGGUAGUGAUGGUGGUGAGGCGGCGCUGCGGAAGUUUGCCGCGCAGUUACGCACUUCAAACCUCCCAUCAUCGGGACCAAAAAGCGGAGGCACUACUACCCCCUUCGGCACCGUUACAACCACCACGGCGAACGGCAUUGACGACACCAACGAAGACCCGGAUGCGCCUCCUCCCCUCGCUGCUCACCUCCCGCCACUGUUCGGCGCGAUCGGCGCGCUGGCGGGGUUAAGUGCGGAGCAGACGGCCUAUGUAUUCUUGUUGGGCCACGUCAAGGCGUUGGUAUCAGCAGCGGUGCGGGCGGGCAUGUUUGGACCAUAUCAAGCACAGAAGACAUUGGCGAGCGAGGCGGUGCAGGGCCUGAUCGCUGCGAUGGUGGAAAGGGAGUGGACGACGCCAAUAGAACGGGCCGGGCAGAGCGCGCCGGUGAUGGAUUUGUGGAUGGGCAGGCAUGAGGUGUUGUAUUCGAGGAUUUUUAAUAGUUAA